AUGGUUCAACUCAUCCCUUACAUCGCCUCUCUGUUAGCCCUUAGUCAGGCUGUAGCCUCCGCCAAGGCAGUCACAUCCUUUUCUGAAUGGGUUGAUGGCAUCCUUGAGAAUCCUGAUGGCGACAACAUGACACCCGAGGAGGUCGUCGAUGCUUUCAAGAGUGGGCAAUUCAGUACUCCACCAUCAGCCAAGUUCAGUCGUAGCUUGUACCAGAAGCGUGCCACCUGCUAUGAGUAUCCGAACACCGAUUGUCUUGUAUGUAAAAUGGACCCAUUACUCAAGAUAUCAGCCGAGUGGUUUCACUGA